GGGGACUCGCCCGGGAACCCGGAGGCUCCCGCCGCCCGCCCCGAGGGGCGCCUCUAGCCUUUUCUUUUCUCCGCCUUUGGAUUCCCGCCAAGCGCCUCGCCCUGUGCGCAUGCCGGACGGGGGGGGGGAAAGGCGCAUGCGCCAUCCCACCGACGAGGAAACGCCUGGCCAAGCGGGAGGAGGUAGGCCGCGCCCGAAGCCGGGGGCUCGCCUAGAUGUCUUCGCCGGAGGAGGCGCCGGUUGCGCCGGCCGCGGAGGGCGAGCUGCCCCCGGAGUGGGAGACGGACGAAGAGCGCAUGGCUUUCCUGUUCUCGGCCUUCAAGCAGAGCCGGGAGGUCAACGCCACCGAGUGGGACAGCAAGAUGCUCUUCUGGAGCGAGCUGGUGCUGAAGUGGGGGCGGCGCCGCGGAGGCGUCCGGACCUGCCUGCGGGAGCUGCAGCAGGCCUUCGAGCGGCGGGGCAGCGUCCCCCUGGGCCUGGGCACCGUCCUGCGAGAGCUGCUCAGACGUGGCAAGUUGCAGAGGGAAUCUGACUUCAUGACCAGUGUAGACAGCAGCUGGAUCUCCUGGGGCGUCGGGGUCUUUAUUCUGAAGCCACUGAAGUGGACCCUGUCUAGUGUAUUAGGUGACAGCAAAGUACCAGAAGAGGAGGAAAUUCUGAUCUAUGUGGAGUUACUUCAGGAAAAGGCAGAAGAAGUGUAUCAUCUCUACCAGAAUUCCACACUUUCUUCACACCCUGUGGUUGGCCUGUCAGAGCUGCGUUCCCUGUGCACUAGCAUUUGUUCAGACGAAAGGACGUUCUGUCUGGUGCUGCUGCAGCUGCAGAAGGAAAAAAGGGUCACAGUGCUGGAGCAAAACGGCAAUAAGAUAAUGAAAUUUGCUCGAGGUCUUCAUACCAAAGUAUCUCCAGUGAAUGAUGUUGACAUUGGGGUUUAUCAGCUCAUGCAAAGUGAACAGCUGCUGUCUCAGAAAGUGGAGUCCCUGGCACAAGAAGCAGAGAGAUGUAAAGAGGAGGCCCGGAGUGCAUGUAGAGCUGGGAAAAAGCAGCUGGCACUUAGGUCUUUGAAAUCAAAACGAAGAACAGAAAGACGUAUUGCAGAACUUCACUCCAAGCUGGACGUAGUACAAGGCAUCCUGGACCGGAUCUACGCCUCUCAGACAGAUCAGAUGGUAUUUAAUGCUUACCAGGCUGGAGUUGGAGCUCUGAAGUUAUCCAUGAAAGAUGUCACCGUGGAAAAGGCAGAGAACCUGGUGGAUCAGAUUCAAGAGCUUUGUGACACCCAGGAUGAAGUAGCGCAAACCUUAGCAGGAGUUGGAAUCAAUGGCUUAGUAUCAGAAGCUGAUGCCGAGGAACUGGAAAAGGAGCUGGACACUCUUCUCCUGGACUCCUCAAAAGAUCUUCUGGACCUGCCUUCCGUUCCACAGAAGCCACUGUUUCCUUCGUCCGUAGUGCUUCCUAGCAUCUCAGAUGCUGAGCUUGAAGCAGAGUUGGAAAAGCUCACGCAUUCAGUUGGAGGAUUGGCACUAAAGACUGACUCAAAGGCCUCUGAGCCCAAAGGAGCUCUGGAACUGCAUCUCUAAUGACUCAAUACCACCUUUGUGCUAUGAUGAUGUCUAAAAUUUUGGUGAUCGUAACUACAAAAGUAACUUGUGGAGUGUGGGCUUAUGUCCCCUCCUUGCUAGAUGGCACUUUUGUAAGAGACAGGAUGUACCUGCCAUGACAAUCCAUCAUCUUUCAAACAGAUCCCAACUGCUGUUGCUGUUGUCUUUUCAGUGCCAAACUACAGUGUCUCCGGUUGACAUGUUCACCUGUGUUGCCAGUCAUGGUUGCCCUUCCCUGGCAAGUUGACACUCCUGCUGAGAUUUUAACUUGUCACACGACACUCUGAAGGCCCUCUUUCCACUACGUGAAACUGAACCUAGUUGUGCCAGCUUUGGGGAGAAUCAGAAAUGCAAUAGGAUCACAGCAUUCCUGGCAUCCAGCUGUUCUGUGUGUCUGUGCAAAACACUUGCUGCACAUGAGAAAGAUACUGACUCCGGUAGCUCUCGCUGGGCAACAGGCACACACACACACACACAUGUUGAUGGUCUUUCUGUUCUUCCUUAUCUGUGUUUGCACGAUGUGGACAACAUAGAUGUGUGACAGUUUUAUUGUAGGAGACUUUUUGUUGCUGUUUCCACAAGGGGGUAGUAUCUACAAGCACAAAAUGCCACGUAACCCUUUUUCAACAAUAGUAGUGUAGCCUUAAAUGGGACCUGCAAAGGAUUCUAAAAUGUAGGGGUUUAGGGCUUUUUGUUGCUGCUUGACGAUUAUAAUCUUUUGAUGUUUAAGAAAGUACUUUUCAGUUUAUCUGUAGGAAGAGCAAGUAACAUUUAUCUUCUGCUUUGGUGGAAUGCUCCCUUUAAUACUUCUGAGAGAUUUAGGGUGAGCUUUUUAGCCAGAAAUUUACAGAUUAUGGCUUCAUAUCUUCUGGGAGGCUAUUCAAUCAUGUAUGUUGGAAGACCUUUAAAAAUGGCAGAGCUUUGGAUUGAUAUCUCUGCAUCGGAUGUAUUUCUUGGGGAGAGUUGCUGUUUCCUUUUAACACAAAAAAAUGUUGAUGGAAUGCAGGAUGGAAAAGCAAGUGGGCAAGUGCCAGUUAGCCUAUUGAGAUGGCUUUUAUCCUUCUGGGGGGAAAUGCAGUUCUUGCCCUCUGCAGAACACCUUUUACAAAGUAAAUUAUAUUCUGAGUAGAGCCAUUGAAGUGAAUUAACCAGAGUUAGUCAUGUCCUUUAACUUCACUGGGUUUACUCUCUGGAUGUAGGACUAGCAUUGGAAGCAGCGCUAUGAGACAGGCCUGCACUUUUUCUGGAUGGAAGUUAUUUUCUAGCCACAUUAACUGCAAAAGGAAAAAGUGGCACUUUGCUUGUGUGUCAGUGCACUGCAUGAAGCACACAGGUGGUGGGAACCAUUUAUAUAAUGAGAAACUGUGGGUCAGUAGUGGCUGUUGGUAAACUUGCAGCCUAUUCCAAGACUGAGUGUACACUCAAAAGCACAACGGUCUGGAUGGUGUUUGCUGCUGAGUGAGCUGUGAUUCAGGUCAGGAAAAGCAAAAUGUUUUUUUCAAGGAAGAGAUCUGCCUAAAUUGCAGGUGGGAGAAACAGCUGGCCUUGUCUCCUCAGUGUGCUGUGCUAGAAUCAAUACUUUGCCAAUUCCCUGCAAGACACUUUUUCUGAAGGCAGAUGGCAAAUGGGAGUUGCAUUGAAUAAUUUUAAUGCCAUAAUCAUUUGUUAGAAAAACAGUUAAGAGAGGGAGGAAAGGUAAUAAAUCUUUAAAAUAACCAAUGAUGUAAUAAAGGGGAGGAAAGUCUUCAGUUCCUCUCUAUUGUUGUUUAACAUGCUUUACUUUGCAUAUUAUUCUCCCUUCAUGGUUUUGUUUAUUUGAAGCAGACUGUCCAUGUGGAUAUAAUGGACAGGGCUUGGAGAACGCAGCCCUUUGAACAAUCAGCCUAUUGGAUUCCAUGAUGCAUCUAAACCUUUUCUUGUCUCGUAAUGAGAUCUUCUCUGUUGCCUCUAGCUGGAGCUGCUAUUUACACUUUAAUGUCAUAAGGUGUGCUUUUUCCUUUGCUACUUUUGGACAGUGAUCCUCAUUACAGAUGUAGAUUGUUUUUUUGUACAAAACUAAAGGAAAAAAUGGUGCCUAAAAAUUGUGGAAAUGCCAGCUAUAGGAAUGUUGAGUCUUUCUGUGAAUCACAGAAAUGUCUGGGUUUAGGUGUGCUGAAAAGAGUUAGAAAGCUGACAGCAUUCCUGGUUUCUAGAGCUGAACUAAAUGUGAUGUGUGGUCCGUAGUUCAGCUUUGCAUAGCUUCUCUUUCGCAGAUAGCUGAAGUGGGGACCUCUGAACUGAAAUGGGGUCAUAGGGGGACGAGAGAUUUUGUUAACCCUUUGCUCCUGCUCUUGUUGACCUGAUUGGCAUUGUGUCUCCUCUCUUGCAACCUGCUGUUUGCAGUGGAAGGAAAGCAUAAAUUCCUUCCAUUGCAAAUAGUAAGCUUGGAGCGGGGUGGGUGGGUGGGUGUAGUUUUUGAUUGGGAUGGUGGCAAGAGCAAAGGGUUAACCCCCACCCAUACCACAGUCUCAGUCCAGCUCCCCCCCCCCCCCCCGCACUGGCCACUGUGAAAUAAGAAUAAGAUUUGCAAUGUCAAAAAUAUGUCAAAGGUCACAUCUCAUUUGCCUCUAUGCCUGCCUUUUUAGUGCUCUGUGGCAGCUUUAGUCCUCCCCUGGAGCACUAUCCCAGCCUAGUUUGGAUAAAUGGAAAAUAAUAGGUACCCAAUCUUUUUAGCAAUUUCAUUAGGCUUGCUGCGAGGUUGACCAGCAAUGCCAGUUUGGAACCAAGGAAGCCCAGUGAAUUCUCAUUGAAGCAAUAAACCUCUGCAGCCCCCCUCAUUCACCUGCAUGGAAACCCUGGUUGCCUGUUGCUGCUGGGCUAGUACAUAAACACACAAAGCUAUCCUUUUGUGCACUGUCCUUAAAAACAAACCACAAUUCUGUGCCUCGGCAAUCCAAAUUCUACUUUCAGGUGGGGAGUUGAAUUAUGUGACCCAAUUAAGCAAAUUCACACAAUUCUGCAGUCUCUCUGUGUGUGUAAUAGUUACUUUUUUGCUACUCGUGGGAGGAGAAAGGAUACUGAAGUCCUGUUGCCAAAUACUAGAAAUCCGAUUCAGCCAGGAUUCUGCCUUGUGAGACUCGUAAGGUGUCAGUGCCUGGACCCUUUUAAACCCCGUUUAAAAAAUCAAAACAAAAAGCAGAUUCCAAGAAUGCUGAAUUAUUUGCCCACCACAACAAAAUGGCAUACAUUCAUGCACAGCCCUGCCAAUAGGCAAUAAUUUUGAGAGGAUUUGAGUUUCAAAUGCAUUGUAAACGGCUCUAUUCUGUAGUUCUCAUAGCAAUUUACUCUAAAGGAAUAAUUACUUUCCAUGCCUAGCCUCAAAUCCUAGAUCAUUGGGAUCAGUACUGUUUUUCUGCUGCUUUCAGAACCAGGUCCUGCUUCUCCCUCUAAUCUGUACAACAUGCAAGAAGUAGAGGUUUUAUUGUAUGUGUCCCUAAUGUGUCUGUAUCUAAAAUAUUGCUGCUCAGAGGGCUGGAAGAGUUAAUAUUGAACAGCUUGUUCCUUUCUAGAAGUGGCUUGUAAUUUUCAUGCUCCGGCACCAAGCGGGAAUGUAAUCAAGAUGAAUGAAGAGAAAGGAAAUCUAAAGUCUCAAUUGUUUAAAAGUGGGCAAUUUGUAGAGAAGGCAGUUCUGUUGGACGUGAGAGAGAGAUUAAAGAAACUGCAAAUUUAAA